AUGUGUACUGGGCUGUCCAAAGCCAAUGACAGGUCUCCAACUCUCUACACUUUUCUCCAAUCAAAUGGCGUCCAUAACAUCCUUAGGUGUGUAUGUCAAUUAUCUGUUGAGGUACUUGUGGAAUACAGCUCCCAUUCUCCUCUUUCCCUCUCUCUCUCUCUCUCUCUCUCCCGAUCUUCUCCCUUUGCCUUCCUCGAUCUCUCUCCCUCGUACUCUCUUGAUCGCUCUCCCUUCCUCUCGCUCCCUCUCUCGAUCUCCCUGAUUUCCCUCCCUCUCUAUCGGCGUCUCCCAGUUCGUUCUCUUCGAAGCAGUCAUUUGAUCGAUCUCCCUCCAAUAGCCAACGGGAAUAGAAGAAAUCAGAGCACGAAGUCAGAGGAAACCACACCACUGGCCGGUUCGUCAGCCGGUGUCAUAGUCUCUAUGGUGAAUGCUUCUGGAAACAGCAUGCAAGAUGGCCUAAAAUUUACCAAAAAUUUGGCUAAAGAUUGCCGGCUCAAUGGCACUGCAUUCCGCCUUGGGGUUAAGUAUAAUGGGUUAAGUAUAAUACAACACGUAAUCACUACCUUUAUUAAAUCUAGGCCCCUGCUUGUAUUGACAUAUUGUUGAUGGAGGCUUACUAGGAUUUCUAUGUUAAUGAUAGUGUACUUCUCAUGAUUCCUGACAUCUUUCAUGGUAGGAUAUGCAGGCAUACUGAAAAUUCCUUGUUCCUGAUCCAAUUUAUGAGUGGUAUGUAGGACA